AUGGUUUUCUCUAAUCCUAUUUGUCAGACGGAUGAUAAUCCGGGAAGCCUCGACCUUGCCUUGGCUCUGUCACUCAUCAAACAGAGAAACCCUCGCCUAUGGCAUAAGCUGGCGAGCCAGGGAUUUUUCCAAGAAACAGCAGGCGCCUCUGAACUCUUCCCAGCGGAGCGGCAUGUCGUGAAGGGUUCAGCGGCUAACAAAGCUGAUACCGGAAUUGAAAGUAUCGGAGAGAGUUUCCUCUACAAGUUUACCACUAAUAACAUAUCCAGUCACAUUGAGCGAGCUACGGCAUUUUUGGGAUGCAAUAGACAUACAUGGAAGUGCUUGUCUUCGCAGAUAUCUACCUUGGAAUCAUUCGGAUGUGGUUUAGAGGAAAGCGACAUUGCAAAAUGGGUUUUACCCAACUACAGACUGUUAAAGUGGCUCUAUGCAAAGGACCCUCCCCAGUUGCAGAAAAGAGACAGAGCGCUCCGUACAGUGAACUCGUUUCAACUUUUGCUAAUAUCGCACUACGCAUUUUCCGGCGAAAGAAACAAGGUCGUCCAUGUUUUGUGUCAAAGCCUCAUUUACAGAUUCAUCAAAGACGAGCUGAUUAGCUUCGGUCCUUCUAAGGUUCGGGUGCUAAAGUUGCUUCGGGACUAUACUGACUCAAAUGUGGUCCAAGUUGCUGAUGUUUCCUUGUUUUCGUUGUCUGAAGGCCAUUUGAAAUUGGUGAAGCUAAUCUUGAACAUCCGCAUUUCAUUCCAAGAUCACGAAGUUUUGUCGAAAACCCUUCAGUUUUUGCUAAAGCUUUUAGAGAGCCUGGUCGUAUGUCUUAUCAAGCUGAACAGUAGUCGUUACUCUCCCGCGAGAAAGCCCAGAGCUUAUGAGAUUAUGUAUAAGGCUCGAUCCAAACUUAUGAAUUACCAAUACGUUACAAAAGUCCUUGAAGCAUGUCAUUUGCUGUCUCGUAAAGAAGCAACAAUAAGACUGAAGAUAUCGUUCACUUUCGUCUUGAAACUGGUCACUAGCGUCGAAUGGUUGAAUGCUUUUGAUAAUUCUGGAGCUGGCCAAAAUGAGCUCAUGCGGACUCUCAGAGAGCAUCGGACUUACAUAAUUAGUUCGCUUUUGGUCUUAAAUGACUCCAGACUGAUUUCGAAAUUCCUCAAGACCAGGUGGCCCGCACAAUAG